AUGCAGGGAGGGUUUGGAGGAACCACCGGCUUUGGACAGACAAGUGGCCUGCGGCCAGGCUCAAGCCUGCGUCCGGGUUCGCAGAUGCGGCCCGGCUCGCAGUUGCGCGGGACGCAGGCGGCUGGCGUGGGUGGGAGCCUGCAACAGCCAGUGGCGAUUGCAGCGAAGGCACCAGUGACGCUGGAGGGCAUGCGAGCAGCUACGCGGUCUGGAAAUGCGGGGCCGGGGCGCCAGGUAGGUGACCGCAGCUACUACAUUGGCCUGCUGCGGCCGAAGAUCACGGAGCUGACGACGGAGAUUCAGCAACUAAACGAGCAGGAGAGUCUUAUCGAGAAGAACAGUUCCGUGCUUACGCAGCUGCAUCAGCGCGGCAAAAACUUGACGGAGGAGAUCACAAAGCUAAAGGGGACCCUUGCCGAUAUUAACUUGGCUGUAGAGAAGAGUACAUCGCAGGAUGCCAAUAGCGUCAAAGAUCAGGCCACUAAGCUCACGCACUUGAAUGUUGAUCGGCGCAAGCAGGUGGACCAAAUGUUUCUUAACGUGAAGGAGGUGGAGACGCAGACGAAGAAGAACCUGCAGAUAUUGGAAGAGGAGAUGCAGCAGCUUGAUCGCCGCAUUAUGGCGGAAAACCAGGACUAUAACCUUUACAACACCACACGGAACGAGGCCUAUGCUGUUUCAGAUGCCGUACUCAACCUUCAGCACCGAGUGCGCACAUUGACGGCGAAACAAGAGCUACACAUGGCACAGCUCGCCACAGACACGGACAAGAGACGGGCAGCGGAGGUGCUGCGGGAGAUCCUGCGCAAACGGCAG